AUGGAGGAUCACGGCGCCGUCGUUAAGAUUGUUUCAUGGUUCUUGUUGAUUGUGUCAUCCGGGGCGGUGGCGGCCUGCCUUCUGACGAGCUGGCAUCUCCUCGGAAGGAAGAUCUUGGUUCUGACCCUUCUAUUGAGCACGCUGCUCUCAUCCGCCAUCGCCGGGGCCACUGUCUCGCUCGCCGCCACCCGUGGCCUGGGCCGACCGGGGAUCGACGAUGACACCCCCGAAGACCAGCUCGCGGGUCUCCAGACAACCAUCUACCUGACGGAGAUCUUCCAUGUCCUGACCCUCGGGCUGGGAAAGCUCUCCUUCGUCGCUCUCUUCUACAUGGUUCUGUCCGGAAGCGCGCUGACGACCCUCACGCGCGCGAUCGUCGCCGUCGGGACGUUCCUCAUUCUCUGGACCUUCACCAUGGUCCUCGCGGUCGCCUUCCAGUGCCGUCCGCCUGAGACAGCCCUAUGGACCUACUCCGGCGUCAUGAACAUCAUCAUCGAGACCAUAUUAUUUGCUGUCCCGAGCAUCCUCAUCUACCGACUUCGCAUGCGUCUGCACAAACGGCUGGUGGUGAUCGGAUGCUUGAGCGUUCGGACUUUAGACAUCCUCGUCUCCGCCGUCCAACUCCACUACGUCCACGGCUUCGACCCCAGCCCUUCCCUCCCCGUGGCCCUCUACCCGUGGAUGCUCUGCGGCCAGGUCCUGCAGACCGUCACGAUUGUGGCAGCGUGCGUGCCCUAUCUUCGCGAGUUCCUGGAGUCCUUCCCGAGCGGCAUGCUGAAGCCGGCUGGGGUGGAGCGCACGACGGGGCUGCGGUACGGGUCGGGGACUACGCGGCUUCUGGAAAGUGAUUCGGGGGCGCCGCCUUAG